AUGGAAUCUGACCCGAUCCUCCUCCCCAUCCCGAUCUCGUAUAUCGCGGGUAGCUACUUUCUCUUCUCAAUCGAUGCCGUGACGUAUCUGAGACGCGAGCAUCACAUCUGCGGCGUGCUCAGCGGCACGCUGCCGCAGAUCCCCCAGCAGAAUGUGUUCCUGGGGUUGCCGUUGAAACUGAUGCCCGAGGAGGCCCGGCUGCUGGUGGAGAAAGGUGUAGCUUGCAUUGUAGACGAGGUAAACGCCCAGAGGGCCGGCAUGCGCGCCCUGGCGGCCGACGACCGCCGGAAGUAUCUGCGUGAGCUUGAAGCCCAGGGCGCGCAUGCCAUGCGCCUGCAGACUAGUCGCAAGGAGCUGCAGCGCGAGGAGGCGCUGCGGAAGGUCCAGGCGAAGAAGGCUGCUGCUGCUGCUAAGAAGGCUGGUGCUGAUGCCGCUCCCGAUGCUGCUGGUGCUACAGCUGGCAGUGACGAGCCCGCCGCGACAGAGAAUCCCUCGCGCCGCGCCUCAACUACCACCACCAACUCCGAAAUCCACGCCCCCUACGGCACAACAAUGGGCAUCACCCCCGCCACCUCCCACCCACCCCUCCCGUAUUCCCCGGCGACGUCCACCACCCUCCCCCCGCCCGCCGUGCCACCCUCCUAUCCGCUCUUCGCCCACCUCCACGCCGACGGCUACUACCUCUCGCCGGGCCUGCGCUUCGGCUGCCAGUACCUGGCGUACCCAGGCGACCCGCUGCGGUUCCACUCGCACUUCCUGGUCGUCGCGGCCGACUGGGACGAGGAGCUCGAUCUGAUGGCGCUCGUGGCCGGCGGGCGGCUGGGCACGGGCGUGAAGAAGGGGUUUCUGAUUGGCGGCGCGGAGCACACGAGGGCAGAUGAUGCGGGGAUCAUGGGGGAGCCGGAGAGCGUGCGGACGUUCAGUGUCGAGUGGGCUGGGAUGUGAUGGGCCUGCGCUUGGGAUCGGGGCUUUGUUGGGAUAUAUCGUCUUGUCCUGGUUGUUGCGCGCAGGACAUAUCGUCUUGUCUUGGUUGAAUGUUGCGCGCAACUAACCCACCUCCCUCUUUAUCACGCUUCAGUGGGGCGAGAGACUGCUGCGCCGCGCUGCGGCUGCCCUUCGGUCAGGAUGAGGACCUGCUUUGGGUCCCAGAUGGGAUCUCGCCGUCAGCGCGCGGCUUCCUGGGUACUAUAAGUACCUGGCCGGCACGGACGGACACGAAGUUCGUGAUCUGGAGCGUCUGGUCGGACUAUCGACGGGACUGCAUCUGGCUGAGCGUCUGGCUGAAUUGCAUCUGGCUGGACCGCAUCCAUAAACCAGAUCAUCAGACUAAAUCGACGAGUUCAAUCUGACCCAUGAACUGCUCGUCAAAUAUGCUACAUCGAUGACGAAUAAAUCGAAUGAAAUAAC